GCGGGGUCCGGCAGAAUUUUGAGGAAAUAUUUCGCCAUAUGAUACUACCUAAUGUAUGCAACGGGGACAAUCUAAUAGCGAUGGCGAAAUCCUUAAGUCGACCAGGCCUAUUAUAAUAUCUUUGAACCCAGUAUAAUAAAUUUCCAUAAUACAAUCGCAUAGUGUUUCCACCUAGAAAUUAGUCUCAGUCAAUUUCAACAAAAUAUUCAUCUUUAUCAGAAAAUAUGUCGGGCCUCCAAGCCAUUCGAUACUCGCGGGGUAAACUCGAAGUGCUCGACCAGCUUAAAUUACCCCACGAGCACCACUACGACCAGGUCUCGACGAGCGAGGAAGCAUUCGACAGUAUAAAAUCUAUGAGAGUUAGAGGUGCACCGGCUAUUGCUAUUGUAGCUGCCCUAGCACACGGAGUCGAACUGAACAAUGGAAGUUGCAAGGCCUCGACUGCACACGAGACGAUAUCCUACAUCGACUCUCGCCUAGAUUACCUUAAACAAUCCCGCCCGACGGCCGUAGAUCUCAGCAAUGCAAUUACCCACCUUAAGAACACGAUCCGAUCCGUGAAUGUAGCUAGUAAGGAGGACGAUGCGACGGGACGUGAAGCGAUUAUCGAUGCGUAUAUAGCCGCCGCAGAAAAAAUCUUUCGAAAGGAUACCGAGACCAACCUCUCCAUCGGCAAGCACGGCAGCAAAUGGUUACUCGAGAAUGCACCAACGAAGUCUUCCGAUGGCAAAGUGUCAGUCCUAACACAUUGCAAUACGGGAUCGCUCGCUACAUCAGGCCACGGAACAGCGCUCGGCAUCAUCCGCUCGUUACACUCGGGCGGCCAUCUACACCACGCCUUCUGCACCGAGACUCGGCCAUACAACCAGGGAAGCAGGCUGACCGCCUUCGAGCUAGUGUACGAGGGCAUCCCUUCCACGUUGAUUACGGACUCGAUGGCGGGCGCCCUGUUCGCUACCAAAAAGACUGAGAACAACAUUGCUGCCGUCAUUGUGGGUGCAGACCGAGUCGUACGCAAUGGAGAUACAGCCAACAAGGUAGGGACUUACACGCUCGCUGUGCUCGCCAAAUAUCACGGUCUAAAAUUUAUCGUGGCGGCGCCGACGACGAGUAUCGAUUUGGAAACCGAGACAGGCGCAGGGAUUAAAAUUGAGGAGCGAAAGCCGGAGGAGCUGACGCAAAUCAGCGGAGCUGUAGUAGGAAAGGACGGAAAGGUGGACGUCAGUCGUACGGAGCGCGUAGCGACCGCGCAUCAAGGGAUCGGUGUAUGGAAUCCGGCAUUCGACGUCACUCCAGCAGAGUUAAUCGACGCUGUGGUCACGGAGCGCGGUGUUGUCGUGAAGGGAGCAGAUGGAACCUUCGACUUCAAAGGCAUCAUCCCCGAAAGAUGACCCAUGGCAGUUUGAGAACAAGAAUUAGCACCGAAGAACACCAUGGAGAUCAAAGGACCGACUUUCUGCGGUUAGGAAUUAUGACCUUAGCGGUUCAGCGCAAGACAUCUCCUCUCUUGG